AUGGCCCUUUACCGGGACGGUCUAGACACGAACUUCAUCAACGCUACAAGCCUCACGAGAGCUGCCUUCAAAAAACUACUCAGAAGAUUCUCACGGUUCUACCACCUACCUUCGGCGGGAAGUCGAGGUCGGCCACCGAAGCUACGAUAUCACCACCAAGCCCUAGGCCUCGUGCUUUGCUUCUAUGUGAGAUCAAUGGAAAGCUCGACACUGUGCAUGUUGUUCGGGGUUCCCCCCAGUACGUUGUCGCUCUCGCUACGUAAGGCCGAAGACGCGUUGUCGCGUGCCCUUCGGGACUUCUCUCCGGCACGUAUUUCACGGCCGUCGCCAUCUCGACAGAGAGAGCUGGCGACUUUGGUCAAUGGCCACGAGCCGCUGUUGAAACACACUUUCGGGUUCAUUGACGGCAAGAACUUCCGUGUGCAGCAACCAUCUAAUGCCGACCUACAAAACGCAAUGUAUAACGGAUGGCUACACUCCGUUAUGGUCACGGGCACGAUCUGCUUCGCCGCCGACGGGUGCAUCAUCUGGUCCAAGCAUAACUGCCCUGGGUCCUGGAACGAUUCAGACACCUCUUUGGGAUUUUGCAUGAAGCUACUGGAUCCUACAUACUGUCCGGACGUGAGGAUGAACGUCGUGUCAGAUUCGGCGUUUCCCUGCUCCACGGCAAUGACCGGAAGGAUACUAACCCCGUUGAAGGACGGGGACCUUGAGAGGAUUCAACCGUUGCUGCGAAGCUCGGCGCGCACACUGCACAACGGCAUCACUUCAGUGAGGCAGGCUGCGGAGUGGGGCAUGGGCAGCGUACAGAAGGUCUACAGUCGCUUGAACCUGCCGCUGUCCUUGACCCCAACCUCCGUGGACUGCGACUAAACAAUCUGUUUCGACUGGCAAAUUACCGAGUCCGCACAGUUGGCAUUUCGGAAAUCCGGACGGUGUUUAUAGGCGCUAUGGAGAUUCCCCUAUAGCACGGGAAGUGGAUGGUGUAUUUGAAGAACAGUGGCUGAUUUCAUUUUCAUGAGUAGUUUUUUUUCGAGUUGAAUACGUGCGGAGAUUACAGACA